AACUCACCAUUUUCACAUCUCUUUUCAUCUACAUAUUGUAUGCAUAUACAUACACUCUCUCAUCGAUCAUCGUCUAUGAACGUGAUGCCAGUCUUCUCUGCCAUCAACUACUGGCUGGUUCAGCAACCAAGAAUCUUGAACUUCUCAUGGAACCAAAACAAAACUCCAUUAUCAUCCCCAAGAUUCCUCACCUUUACCGUCAUCUCUUACCUUUCACUCAGCUUUCUCCUUCCUCGUGUCCCUCUUCCUUCUCUUCCCUCCAAGCUUCUCAAAUCAAUCGCAACCGUCCAUAACAUUUGUCUCCUCACCCUCUCCCUCAUCAUGGCCGUCGGUUGCACCCUCUCCAUCUUCUCCACCGCGCCUGAUCUCCACUACGUCAUUUGCUUCCCUAAAAACACUAAACCAGACGGCCCUCUCUUCUUCUGGGCAUACGUGUUUUACCUUUCCAAGAUUAUGGAAUUCAUGGACACUCUCCUUAUCAUUUUGACCAACUCCAACAAACGGCUCACGUUCCUCCACGUAUAACACCAUGCAAUGGUGGUAAUCAUGUGUUACUUAUGCUUGUAUACUUCUCAGUCUUCGUUUCCCAUGGUUCUUGUUACGAAUUCAAUGGUUCAUGUGUUGAUGUACACGUAUUAUCUGCUUUGUGCUACUGGGGUUCGGCCCAAGUGGAAGAAAGUAGUGACGGAUUGCCAGAUUUUGCAGUUCAUUUCAAGCUUUUUAAUGCUGGGUUUGAUCAUGUACAACCAUUUCACUGGUUCGGGCUGCUCGGGAAUGUGGACUUGGUGCUUUAUUUCUGCUUUUAUUACUACUCUUCUAGCUUUGUUCCUUGAUUUCCAUUCAAAGGCUUACAGCGGUAGCAAGAAGAAGGGUGCGUGA